AUGGACAGUACUUGUGGAGGAAGCGGUGGCGGCGGCGGCAACAACAACUGCGGCGGCGCCUCGCCCCGCGGCAGCAAACGGCGCGCAGAGGACACGGCGAUGAGUUCAGCUUCUGAGACGGCUGCGAAGGGCGGCGGGGACAUGGAGGUUACCGCACCAGAAGCCAAAGCACCAGAAGACGGGGCUAAGGGAGGAGGGGGAGAGGGGGAAGAGGAGCAACAGGACAAUGGGGCGAGCGAGGACGGAGAUCUGGCGGCGCUGCGCGGCGAUUUGGAUUUCUGCAAGCGAAAUGAGGGCCUCAAGUUUACGGCUAAAGCGAUGGACGGCGCCGCGGCCGCAGGACACCUGGAUAUGGUGGUCUGGCUACACGAGCAAGGUGGAGCGUGUACGACCGAUGCGAUGGAUUUGGCAGCCCGGGGAGGACAUUUGGACAUUGUUCAGUGGCUACACGACACACGCACCGAGGGGUGCAGCGAUGCGGCCCUGGCUUUGGCAGCCGGGCGGGGGCACCUAGCGACAGUCCAGUGGUUCUAUAGCAACAGCGUGCCCGGCGACAUCUCUAAGGCCAUCGACGAGGCUCAAAAAGGAGGACACAAAGAGGUUGUCGAAUGGCUCAAGAGUCACAGCAGCAGCAGCAGCAGCAGCAGCAGCAACAGCAGCUCCAACAAGAAGUCUCGCGUCGACCCAAGGCCGGGUGCCGGGACUGCCAUGUCCUCCGCCGAGGGGUCGUCGCCAUCGACGUUCACGCAUGGGGCACACUCGCAGCAAAUGGUUCCACCGCCUCCCCCAGGGACUAAGCCGUGCCCCCCGAUGGGCAUGUUCGGGUCACCGUUCGGCAACUUUUCGCCGGUCAACGGCAUCGUCCUGCCCGGCGACACAAUUGCCCAGAAGAUAGUACCCAAGCAAGCCGCGGCGGGGAUAAUCCCCACCCCGAAAGCCAAGCCGCCGGCGUCGGGGGCAGGGGGCUCACAACGUCUCCGCAGCAACAUGCUUCGCUCCCCGGAGCUUACGCUGGCGACGUCGGGAAGGCUGAGCAACACGGACGAGCGGCAGCUGAAGGCGGUAAUGGAGUUCCGCAAGGCGUAUAGCGCGCAGGCAUUGGAAGGAUCCAACAUCCCCAAGGACCCGUUUACACUGUUCGCUGUCUGGUUUGAGGAGGCACGGAUCGCCCGCGCCAGCGAGCCGGGAGCGAUGUGCCUGUCCACAGUCGGCCCGACCGGCCGUCCGAGCGCCCGUUACGUAAUGCUACAGGGUUUCGACAAGAGAGGGUUCGUUUGGUACACCAACUUCGAGAGCCGCAAGUCUCAAGAGAUGUCGCACAACCCUUACGGUGCGUUGUCGUUCUGGUGGAGCGAGGUUCAGCGCGCUGUACGCAUCGAGGGGGUGAUGACCAAGGUGACGGAGAAGGAGAGCACGGAGUACUUCAAGAGUCGCCCCCGUGGGAGUCAGGUCGGUGCGUGGGCGCUGCACCAGAGCCGGCCGGUGGAAAGCCGCGGGUCUCUCGAGGCAAACGUUAAGGACGUGCAGUCGCGAAGAGAGGAGUUUGGCUUUUGCAAACAGACGAAAGGGGCUGAGUGUCGCAAAGUCAGAGGGUGGGGGGAGGGGAGGGUGACGCUGCAUUCGACGGACGUGUGUGUGUGUGUGUGUGAUGUGCGUUGAACUUGAGAGUUACGUUGCGUUUGGUGUUUUUUCUGGGCGGAACAUGGAACACGUCACGUCAAAAAUGUUGGGCCCCUUUGUUCUUCUGUCGAUGAUGCGCGUUGUUGUCGUAUUGUCUUGUGUGUAGAUCUGUCAGGGGAGUGGGCUUGGCGUGAGCAGAUGUGUGUUGAUUGAGAUUGCCGUGUGCAACUUCCUCCGCCGGCCACAAACGUGACCUGUUGUGAGAGCGCAUUCGUUUGGUCUUUAAAAUCCGUGUUUGUGUUGAUUUUUUUUAUGGAAGGGGGGGGGGGGGAGGGGCGUACUCAUGUUUUGCACGUUGACCAUGCGUCCUCGAGAAGACGCACGUAGCAAUGUUGCCACAGGGCGGACCACCGAUGGAGAAAUCGUUCCCUCCUAUCAUACCUUGCCCGGAGAGGUGCUUUUGCAAAGCAGCGAAGAGAUGCUCUGGUGCAACAGGUAAUACUUUUCGAGGGUAGCGGUAGUUGCGCCUGCUGAGCGUCAGAACAAGAGGGUAGUUUUAUUCCGUUGUGCAUAUGUUAGUGUUGAGUGCCCCGGGGACAACGGGAAUGCUGGUGUACAGCACAGCAGCAGCAGUUGGUGAGGGCGUGCCUUGUCGUGAUGACGUCACCUUUUUAUCUCUUUCACGGUGUUGCACACGGGUGUUGCACACGAUACAAGCAUGCGUUGAUUGCCACCGCACGUCCCGAGCACACAGAUAAAAUAGAGGCAAACGCGCCUCCUCCGUUCUCUUUGUUCUUGGGCUUGAGUGGCGGGCUGUGAGCUACCGUGUGUACCGUCUCCAGUCCUCGCGGCGAUUGUCGGAGUUGGCAAUUUUGUUGGUGUGGGGGAUCCGCAGACGGCAAUGUUAUGUACCUGCCUUUUACAAGGAGUGCAGUUUUUUCUUAGUAGGCGGUGUCCGCGGGCGCGUCAUCCUGAGGUAUGCGAGGCGCGCUCGCGAGCGACUUAGAACUACCUCGCGUUGAAAUGUUUUUUGAGCUGGCUCGUUUGCGCAACA